GUGGUUCAACUGAAUCUCUUCCCAGUCGGCUCCUUCUGGGGAGAGAUGUGGCUGUGCUAGUUAGUUAACUAACUAUUGCGUCCGUGGCUGAGUCAACACGGAGCCGGAACAUCCCUUGCCCGGCAAUCCCGAGAGCCUUUCGGCGGCCAUUCAGCCAAACGAAUCGCCGAUGAACGUUUCCCAGCGCCACCUUAGCUUAUCCACCGUGUAUCAUAUCAUCCAAAUAUCCAUCGGCUUUGAAAUCGUGGCCGUUCGAUCGCCCGGCUGAUCACACUUCAGAGCGCAUAUCUACGCGCAGGGGUGCCCUGCUCGGUUGGGGUUCGACCGUUCCCACUCCCCGAUAACCGCAUCCUAUCGAGGCCGAACGUUCUGUCGGACGCGCAAGAUGUCGCAGAUUCACGACGACCCCGCGGCGGUUCUCGAACUAUUCGUCCACGAUGUGGCGAACCUUCCAGCCGAGAUUAACCAUCUGAUGGAGGAGAUCCAAGCCAAAGACAAGACCAUCCAGGAAUGCCGUACGACAAUCAACUCGCGCGACACGAGUCUCCAGAAGUUCAUCCGCCUGAACGGCAGCCUAACGCCCAACCCGAAGGAAGAGCAGUACGGAAAGGUCAUACUACAGAACCUCGAUAAAUCGCAACAGUUGCAGGAUGAGAAGAUCCAGUUGAGUGAGAAAGCAUGCGUCUUGCUAGACCGGCAUAUCAGGAAGUUGGAUAUCGCGAUCCAUAAGCUGCAGGAAAACGGCAUGCUUUCGAACGACCCUCCUUUCCCCUCGUUAUUCAACAAUAAAGACCAGUAUCGCGACCCCCCGAAGAUCUUCUUCCCCGAUUCUACCGUCGAAAACUCCACCUACUCCCCGCUAAAUGCCUCCUCGGGAAGCACGAAUGGCGUAUUAGGCGCUGCCACCCAGAGACUCAACCAGACCUUGGCACGGAAUGCAGCUGCGGUCGCUCUGAACUCGCCGACCGCUGCACGCAGCUCCGCCCCGGCUACACCCUCGGGCACAGUUCAUUUUCAACAACGACAACGGGAAUCGUCGGCCGGUGCGGUGGAAACCAAACGACGACGACUCAAUACGUCGUUGGGGACCCUCCCUGCAGCGUCUUCGAACCUCCGCCAAUCGUCUCUCGGCCCCGGGACACCCAAGCCCGGGACCCCGGCCUCCAGCCGGGCUGGUAGUGCCGGGCCACGCACAACAGCCUCGAUCAAGAAAGCCGUGACAAAGAAGGUGGCGCCUCACCAGCAACUGAAGAAGCUCAAAGCGUCAUCGGGGGUGAAUGGGAAACACACCAAGCGGUCAUCCAGCGCCAGCGGCCGUCUCAAGCUCGGCGGGACGAAGAAGUCGCCGUCAGCACUUGGGGGUGACGAAGACGAUGACGAUUCCAUGCUCAGCAGUGCUGAUGUCUCCGACUCCGAGAAUGCCGACGAGACUCGAAGAGAGGAGGACGUGGAAGACGAGGAGGAAGACGAAGGCAAUGAGGACACCAAGGUCUAUUGCACGUGUCGCAGCGUCAGCCACGGAGACAUGGUUGCAUGCGAUAACGAAGACUGCGAGUUCGAAUGGUUCCAUUGGAAGUGCGUGGGCUUGACCCGGGAACCAGUCGGGAAAUGGUACUGUCCUCAGUGCGCCGCCAAAUUGCAAGCUUAGUUUUUUAUACCCCCUACAUCUGUAUUAUAAUGACCACCCUUAUGACUACUUCUUUUUUUGACCGAUGAACACCCCUUUAACCCACUGUACGAGCUACUUCGGGGGCUCGUUCAGAUAUACGUGUGACUAUGACCGAUUAUGAUUCACCAAUGAAUAACA